AUCCAGGAUAUGAACAUUUUAAGAUAGCAGAAAAGUCCCAUGGUAAUUGGAUCAAACUGUAUUUAGAGGGCAAUAACUCAGAAAUACUCUUAAAUCUUGGCAAAAAGGUCCUGAAGCAAUAUUUGGAGGCACUGAAGGCUCUGAGUUCUUCAUUAAGCAAACAAGUGGCACAAUAUGACAUGUAUUCAAUGAUGGUGGGGACUGUGAUCAUUCUGGAGGUUCUGCUGUUGCUUUUGCUCAGUGUUCCAAAAGCCCUGAGCAGCCGGGCAGAAUUUGAAGUGCCCCUUUCCCCCCUACUGUUCUCUCUGCUGUUUUACUUGAUGUGUCUCACGCUGUGUGCAGUUCACGUCAUUGUCUGCACAUCGACAGAAAGUUUGUGCUAUUUCUGCAGUAUGUCCUGGUUAACAGCAGUUGGAGUGAUGAUGCUGAUUUCUGCACUCAUGUGCGGUAUUCUAUCUGCCAUUGCAAAGAUCUUUGAGAAUUCCAGAAUUCCACCACAGAAUCCAGUUGUAUCCAGUUCCAACUGGUCAGAAAUCGACGUACUGAUUCUGGCUGGAACAAUUGGCCAUGUUUUGAGUUUAGGAGCAAGCAGUUUUAUAGAAGAGGAACACCAAACCUGGUAUUUUCUUAUCAAUACACUUUGUUUGGUGCUGUGUCAGGAACUCUGUAGAAAUAAUUUUCUUCUGAAAGAAUGUGACCCUCAACAUAGCACUGCUGUGAAACAGAAUUUUGAUUUUAUCGGGGAAGCCUCUGAGUGCAAGAAUAUAGACAUUCUAGCAGCAGGUAAUUCAAAAUUGGGUAAGGCUCCCUCUUCAGCUGAACUCGUAAAAGGAUCAGAGAAGUGGAUAAGCUUAGCAAGUCCAUGGAUCAUCCUUAUUUGCUGUCGGCUACUUCGAUCCUUGAAUCAGACAGGCGUCCAGUGGGCUCAUCGGCCAGAUUUUGGACAUUGGUUGACAAG